UCGACGCUAUCGACCUUUGUAUCGCCCUGCCUCGGCGAGGAAAAGGAGGAGGUGGUGUAAGUGGGAGUAGUAUCAGCAGAGAUUCUGCAGUGUCUUCUGCAUUCGAGCAUCUCCGUGAUGCGUUCACGGCCAAAGCCUUCCUCCUCCUUCCCGUGCGUCCUCUCAGGCGCGGCGGAGAUGAACUCUCCCGCCAACUGAACCGGACGCCGGUCCUCUUUCUCCUCCCGCCUCCACUUCCUUCUUUCUCCCUUCUCCCGUCCGUCCGUUCGAAUGGAAGAUGGUGGCGAUAGGCGGGAGGUGUUUCAGCGACGUCCGCCUGCUGUCUCUGCAGGUCAUCGUGAUGCUCGGCGGCGCGGCGUGGCCUUCUUCGGAGGGACUCACCUUCCCUCAGCAGUACACGAUAAUGCACUGGGCGAGGCGCAUCGAGCAGGAGAUUGACAGAGUCUUUCAGCACAUCAGUGGAGCUCAGCAGCUAAAAGGGAUAUACAACGAAGAAAGAAGACGUUUUAGUCUGGUGAAGAAUCAGCCUCGAAAGAUUGUGGAGAAGGUGGCCUCAGACAUCGAGAAACUUCUGGCUAAGAAGCGCAAAGCUCUCGAAAGGUUAGCCAGAGAGGCAGAGCAGCUCCAGCGAGAGCAUUCCUGGCAGGAUGGCAUCAAGGAGCUGGACAUGGCGUACUAUGACUCCAAGGCGGAGCUGGAUUAUUAUUCCAUGGAUGGAGAAAGCGAAGUGGAGAAUCCCUCCCACAUCAAGCUGGAAUUUGUGUAUGACUCCAAUUUCAAAAACAACGUCAACUAUUCCUACACAGCGGUUCAGAUUCCCACGGACAUUUACAAAGGAGCUCCGGUCAUUCUUAACGAGCUGAACUGGACUCAGGCUCUGGACAAAGUCUUCAUGGAGAACAGUCGGGAGGAUCCGUCACUACUGUGGCAAGCGUUCGGGAGCGCCACUGGCGUGACCCGCUACUACCCUGCCAGUCCGUGGAAAGCCCCUGAUAAAAUUGACCUAUACGACGUCAGGAGGAGACCCUGGUACAUCCAGGGUGCUUCUUCCCCCAAAGACAUGGUCAUUCUUGUCGAUGUGAGCGGCAGUGUCAGCGGGCUCACAUUGAAGCUAAUAAAGGCGUCAGUGAUGGAGAUGCUGGACACUUUGUCUGAUGACGACUAUGUCAACGUAGCUCGGUUCAACGAGAAGGCGGAGGCGGUGGUUCCAUGCUUUAAACAUCUGGUGCAGGCAAACGUGCGCAACAAGAAGAUUUUCAAGGAAGCGGUGCAGCAAAUGCAGGCCAAAGGCACCACCGACUACAAGUCUGGAUUUCAUUUCGCCUUCAAUCAGCUGUUAAAUAAAACAAACGUGCCGCGCGCUAACUGCAAUAAGAUCAUCAUGCUCUUCACGGACGGCGGCGAAGACCGAGCCCAGGACGUCUUCAUGCAGUACAACUGGCCCAACAAAACGGUUCGGGUUUUCACCUUUUCUGUGGGCCAGCACAACUAUGACGUCACGCCCCUGCAGUGGAUCGCCUGUACAAAUAAAGGUUACUAUUUUGAGAUCCGUUCCAUCUGCGCCAUAAGGAUUAACACCCAGGAAUACCUGGACGUGCUAGGGCGCCCAAUGGUGCUGGCGGGCAGCGAGGCCAAGCAGGUCCAGUGGACUAAUGUGUAUCAGGAUGCUUUGGGUCUUGGUAUGGUGGUGACCGGGACUUUGCCUGUGUUUAAUCUUACCAUGGACGGAAACCUACAGAACCAACUGAUUUUAGGUGUCAUGGGAGUGGACGUGCAUCUGGAUGAGAUAAAACGCCUGACACCACGUUACACUCUUGGGGCCAAUGGUUACAUAUUUGCAAUGGACCCAAAUGGAUAUCUUCUGCUUCAUCCCAAUCUCCAGCCCAAGCUGGUGAACCUUCCAGAACCUGUGACGCUCGACUUCCUGGAUGCAGAAGUGCAGGACAGCAAUAAAGAGGAGAUCCGUCGGCAGAUGAUUGAUGGGCGUCCAGGUGACAUGCAGGUCAAAACUCUCAUCAAAUCUGUUGAUGAGCAAUACAUUGAUGAGGUAUACAGAAGUUACACCUGGACACCAAUAAAUGGUACAGAUUACAGUCUGGGGCUGGUACUGCCGCCAUACAAUGAGUACUACAUCCAGGCGGACCUCAGUGACGUAAUGCUCCAACUGCAGUACAUGCAGUCGUUGCUGCCCAGCUCCUUUGAAUCUUCAGGCCAUGUCUUUCUGGCUCCAAGGGAAUACUGCAAGCGUCUGCAGCUUUCAGACAACAACACCCAGUUCUUGCAGAACUUCCUCUCCCUCAUGUUGGAAAUUUCUCCUGAAUCGGACGAGUGUGACCAAGCGCUCAUUCACAAUCUGAUAUUGGACUCCAGGAUCAUUGGGCAGCUGGCCUCACGAGUGUGGAAGAACAAGGAUCUUAAUUCGUACGGCUUCCUGGCUGUGUUUGCGUCCACCGAUGGCGGCAUCACGCGGGUCUUCCCCAACUUAGCUGCAGAGUUAUGGGAAGAGGAUCCUGAACCUUUCAAUUCAAACUACUACCGACGCAGCCUGGACAACAAAGGUUACAUGUUCAGAGCGCCGCCAAGAUCAUCUUUGGAUGACCUAUUAGGACCAGAAAACAGCACAGUUGGAAUCCUGGUUAGUUCAGCUGUAGAGGUUAAUCUAGGAGGCAAACUUCUCAAACCUGCUGUGGUGGGAGUGAAGCUGGACCUGGAAGCGUGGGUGGACAAAUUCAAGAUCCUGGCUAGCAAUGUGUCAGACAGUCGACAAGGCUCACACAAGUGUGGACCAUCCAGGAGUUGUGAGAUGGACUGCGAGGUCAACACUGACGACCUCCUCUGCUACCUUGUCGACGACGGUGGCUUCCUGGUUAUGUCCAAUCAAAGAGAUCACUGGAAAAAGAUAGGCCUAUUUUUUGGAGAGGUGGACCCUUACUUGAUGCACGCCCUCUACAACAACUCCAUCUUCAACCGACACCAGACUUUCCACUUUCAGUCAGCGUGUGAGCCGGUCAGCAGCAGCCACACAGGGGCAGCACCGAGACGCUUCUUUGUGCCGUCCAUCGCCGACAUGCUCAACUUGGCCUGGUGGACAUCCACACUGGCCUGGUCUUUGAUGCAGCAGCUGCUUUACGGACUAGCGCACCACAGCUGGCUGCAGCAAGGUAAGAUCCUAGCAGAAGGCUUUGAAAUGAAAACCAGCAGCUGUGUGACCAUCCAGAGCCAGUUCUUCUUCACAAACACCACCAACUCGUACAACGUACUGCAGGACUGUGGCAACUGCUCACGGCUAUUCCAUGCCAAGCGAAUAGAAAACACCAACCUCCUCUUUGUGGUCGCUGAGACGCUUCCAUGCAGCUCCUGUGAGAUAGAGAGACUGAGCCAAGUCAGGACCGUGUUCCAGGAGGAGAAUCCUUGUGAGGUACUGAGCAAUGCACGAUAUCGGAGAGGCCCGACAAUCUGCCUGGACUACAGUGCCUUAGAGAAUACUUCCCAGUGUGGAGGGGCUCAUUUAUUGCAGCCCUCCAUGGUGGUCCUGCUUGUCCUUCAAAUCAUUCUUCCUUGCAUUCACCUUUGACACGUGCUGCCAACCAGGUACACAAAGCGAGAGCAUCUCUUCUUCCUCUCAUUCCAACCACAAAGCAACGCCACGGUGGAAGACAAAAAAGAACAACAAAUAUCGGGGGUUUAGCCCAUUGGCUUGUUUUGCAAAAACUUUAGGGCCAAAUGGGGUAAUUUGGAAUUCCUUAUAACUUUUUGGAAAUAAUGUUGGCUUUUUCACAUAUUUGAUGGCGUCACGAUGGGAAAAAUAAACCGAUGUUGAUUAUUCAGCGACACAAAACAACCUGAAGUGGUCCAAGUCUGAGGUGAUCUUGAUGUGCCCCCACUCGAAAAGAACAUGAAAUAUAGAAAAGUGGCGUAAAUAAGUAUCAAAUAUAAAGGUAAAAAAAGAUGUAAUAAUACAAUCCUGAGUGCGUACAGGUGGUCCUCGUUUUGCUAUGUUUUGUGGCUACAAACGCAAUCCCUUAAGACUCGCUGGAGAACUAGUUACAGUGCACAUGGCGGAAGAACACAUGACGCGCAACUACACUGAGGAAGAAUAACAUCGCUUAUUCUUCUUGUAUGGAGAAUGGGAUUUUUCAGUGGCCUUUUGCGUUUAUUAUCAGAGUUUUGAGAAUCUCCUCUGUAGUUUCCCUGUUAAUUUCCCGUCAUAUAAGAAAUAUUUCAUUUCACAGUAUUUUAUGUAUUUAUUAGCUGACAUUUUACAAGUUACGAGUGACAAUUCAUUGCACUAAACUGAUAAUAAACCAGACAAGAGUGAUGCUUGAAGUAUAAUUAAUAUUUAUUUGUCCAGUAGAUGGUGCACACGUACUGACCAAUGAACACAGUGGCAAUGUCAGAGCUUUUUCAAAACGCCCGAAUGCAGCUGGGAUAGGCUCCAGCAUCCCCCGCGACCCCAAAAGGGACAAGCGGUAGAAAAUGGAUGGAUGGAUGGUGCCUGCACAACAUAGAGAAUUUAUGAAGGAGCCUAUGUUAUAUUAUUUUGCAACAUAUUAAAAUAAGCGCCACUAUAGUGGUCAAAAACUAGCUUUGAUGCUGGAAUUUAGACAAUUUAAAAGUGUAAUUUAGCAAGACCUCCUGGAAACACGUUUAGUGUCUCUCGCUUUAAUGCUAAUGAGCUGUGUUUGUCUCCAAGAAACACUAUUAUGUACUUUAUCCACUUAUCACACAUACACUGUAACUGUGCACUUGCCCAACGUACAGUAAUAGAUGCCAUAACCUCAGAGUACAAGCGUCCUCUGCACCAGACAUUUUCUGAUAAGCACAUUUGCAUAACACAGAUAUAUUUUUUUUCCACAAAUAUGUAACUUUGACAAAAUAAUUCGAUUAAAAACAAAUAUUUACUGCAGUGGACGCUGGGUAUCAGGAGGAUAUGUCGCAUACAACAACAACAAAAUAUGAAGGAGCGGGACAGUUAGCAACACGAGCAUAGCUAUGUGCGUUACAGUGCUAAUAUUACGCGCGCAUUUUUAACAGCCGCAUCAUGCUAGUUUAACUUAUUCACUGGAUGGAACAAUUGAUCGGUUCUCCCACCGACACAUAGUUUGCCGCUUUAUUUUAAGACGUUUAGCAAAGCAUACUUUUUUUUGCUAAGGGUGUCCCAAUACAACUUUUUUACUUCUGGUCUGAGUAUUGGCCAAUACUGAUAAUGAUCAGAUGUGAUAUCAGCACAAAUCAUACAUACUUUAAUUAUUUUGUAGUGUGGAAUGUUAGAAAAGGGGCAGCAUGGUGCAACAGGGGUUGUGCAAGUGCCUCACAAUACGAAGGUCCUGGGUUUGAUCCCUGUGCUCAGGGUCUUUAUGCGUGGAGUUUGCAUGUUCUCCCCGUGACUGCGUGGGUUCCCUCCGGGUACUACGGCUUCCUUUCACCUCCAAAGACAUGCACCUGGGGAUAGGUUGAUUGGCAACACUAAAUUGGCCCUAGUGUGUGAAUGUGAGUGAAUGUUGUCUGUCUAUCUGUGUUGGCCCUGCGAUGAGGUGGCGACUUGUCCAGGGUGUACCCCACCUUCUGCCUGAAUGCAGCUGAGAUAGGCUCCAGCACCUCCCGUGACCCGAAAGGGACAAGCGGUAGAAAAUGGAUGGAUGGAUGGAAUGUUACAAAAGGUUUGAUCAAGUGAAAUUAGUCAAACAGAGACCAAUAGUAUGUAUGAAAAUCACCAACCUUAGGACGGACUUAUGCUGUCCUUAAGUUGAAGUGAGUGGUAAAUCGUUUUUUUGGUGAAACGUAGUGGUCACAAUAAUUCAUAAAGUUAAGCUCAUGAGGAAGUACAGUAAGUUAAAUGAUGCAGACACGUCUGUGAAAGGAUACUUUUACUAUGCUUCUGCCUUGGAGACUUUCAUCAUCGUUUGCCAUCUCCACCUUUGGCAGAUUACGCAUCAACAUGUGUUGUCAGUCUCCAUAAAUUUCUGUCUUUCAGUGACAUCAGAUUUUGUCCGGUCCAAUUGCAGAUGUUGUUUCCCUCUGCUUCUUCUUCCUUCUAUCAUUCCUUCUAGACAGGUUUUUGCUUACACUUUGGGUAUAAUUAUGUGAUACUUGUUAAUAUUGACAAAAGUGCUGUUUUAGACUACAAUAUUGUUCAAUUAAGGACACUUAUUAUGUAUUUGUAGCUUGUGUGCUAUUGUGUGCAUUGCUGUUGUGUAGCUGCUAGCCCCUGCAGUCUACAGCGUACCGUGUUUGCUUUUCAUUCAUGACUUGACUAAAAUAGAAGAAAAGACCAACCUUGUGUGAUGGCUGUCCAGCUUUGCAAGCUUGUAUUGGACAUGAUAUCACUCAUUUUACAUGCAAGCAAAUCCCAUACUUUUUUUUAUGAUAUCGGACCUACAGUAUAUCAAUUUCCGACUGGGACACCCCUUACUUGAGACUGCUUGCAUCAGGGAUUUUAGACGCAAGCGGAUAUAAUCCCAUACUUGUUUUUUUUUUGCUGAUAUUAGACCGAUAUCAGAUCAGGACACUCAUUUUUUAAACAAGUUAAGGAGAUGAUAGAUUUUUCUGCUCAGUGUGGAGGCCUACUUUGAAAUACAUGACUACUUUUCAGAGUGUUUUGAAAAUGUUGCUAAUUUCUCGCCACUUAUCAAGCACACACACCAUACUAUAUUUUGGGGUAAUACUCGACAGGUCAGUCAGUUUACUGCAAAAAAGGACCUGAUUGUUAAGUUCUCACAAGUAAAAUGGAGCUUAAACUGUUAAAUACUACAAUUGUAUCCCCACAUUGACCCUCUUUUUGUGUUCCCAUGUGAUCUGGUUCCAGCAUUACUUGCUGAUCAUAAGCUUUUUUUUUUUUUUUAAAUGACUUCUGUUCUAGUUUGCAGUACAAUGCUGUUGUGUUCCAGCCUGCAAUGCCUUGUUGCACUCACUUUGGAUGUUACUUCCACAUCAUCCUGCAUCGUCAUCAUUUUUUUUUUAAACACAGGAAUAAGCGCGGAAGGAAAGGACUCUGCUUUAUGCCUUCUUCAAACUGUGGUUCAGUCAUGAAUCAAAGCACAGAUUUUUCGUACAUUUCUACCACGUCAUGCACGCACGCGCACACACAUACACACACACCUGAUUCUGAAAGGCUGUGUCACCUGUUUUUUUUUUCUGAGGUGAAUGACUUAAACAAGUGAAUGUGUAGGAUGUUUAUGUACAUGUCAGCCUGCUGUUGUGCAUCUCUGCUGUACCCCAGCAUGUAGGGAAAGGUUUGACAAAACUUAGCAUUAAAAAUAUACUGAAAAAAAACAAACAUAGCUUUUACCCUGCAGCAUUGAAUUUAAACAACACUGCUCUUAAAAGUGUUGAUAGCCUGCAAAGUAUUGAGAUCAGUGUUGUAUUUUUUUUUUUUUUGCUUUGUUUUUUAAUGUGCAGUAUUUAUUUGCAUGGUCAUCGGAACACUUUCAACUUUUGUGUAUUAAUGUAUGAAACAUUCCUCCUGGUGUACAAAUGGUUGAGGAUCAACAUUUGACUUCAGUGAAGUUUAUCUGAUGAAUUGAUGCUGCCAGUUUAAGCACAAAUAGGUGUAAAGAAACAUACUGCCUGACGUACAGUGUCUUUAAAGGUGCCAGAUGUAGUAAUGUGGCCAGAAAUGGUACUGCAAUCACGGCCCAAAUUCUGUAGUCCCCUCACACUCUCCAUGACUGAGGUUGCCAGAUACGCAGCCGAAUCCGAAUCCUACUCCAAGGAACUUCAAAUGGCAAUCAACGAGUCCUACGUUGUAGGCUUCUCUUGUUUAUGCUUCUUGCAAGAUGGUUUACUCAGUAAUUAUGCCACAUUUUACUGAUGUCAAAUAGCCAAAUGUAUUUGUAAAGUUACGCUGCAAUAUUAGUAUCAGGAGUCGGGACAGAUUGUUGGCAUUGCCCUGCUAAAAUGUCUAGAUUGACCGCACGGACCACCAUUGAAAUAAUUAUAUAUAAAAAUAUAUUAUAUAUCGCCUACUUUGAUGGCAAGCCAAGGCCAACAGUAAAAUUACCGCCACAUUUCGUUCAGCAUAACUCCAUGUUGCAUCCAACCUGACGCACUACAUUCUCUUCCAUGUACGCACAUCACCAUCUUUCAGUGCAGAGUGCAAUUCUAUGAGCCAACCCACGUUACGCAAAAAACACGUUAUGCAUAAAUCAUAUAGCCUACUACCAUGUCAAUACACAAAGUAGAAAAUCAUUACAUGUAAUGCGUUAUAUUGUGCCAAGCAAAUACCACCCCAUAUGUGCUAGAAACCGCAAUUAGCCGUGCUAAUGUUGGAACCCAUUUCCCCCGGGUAUCAGCAUAUUGAGAACGAAAUAGGCACGGACACUACCCAUAUCCACAUAGGUUUUAUUUGUCGAUAAUAUAUUUUGCCCUGUCAUUUGGAUGACACAUUGACAUAUAGGCUAACGGGCAUAUAUUUCCCCAGUUAGCAUAUAUGUUGAUGUGUCAUUGACCGGGCUAGUAUGCUAACUAAGCAUUACACUAGGAGCUGAGCAUCACACUAUAAGCAAUCGUUGCACGAACAUACUAGCUUUGUUAGACAAGGUCGUAGACUGUAUUGGACAAAAUAGAAUACAGAUGAAAUGGGUAUUUUCAUUUAUUACAAGUAAUAACAAAAUGUAAAUACCUUACUUACCUAUCAAGGAGGAAAUAAGCAAGUUUGGCGUCAGAUGAAAAACUAUUCUCCACCUUCAAUCGUCUCCAUCUUUCAAAGGCAUCCCCGAUACAAAUCCUCGUUUUGUUCCUGGCUUUGUCAUGAAUAAGUUGAGAAUCAUAACGGCGCCUUUUAUAUUUACUAAGGUCUGACAUGUUUAGUAACUUUACCAGUGGCAGUAGCUCGACGAAGAUGGCGGUGUGUAACUGGCAACCUGGAUGUGACACACUCACUGACUUUUUAAUUGGUCAAACGGUAGAGGGCGGGGCUUCAAAAUGAAAACAAUAACAAUAUUUCGGGACUGUAAAUCUAAGUUUGAAAUGAGCAUAUCCCGGCUAAACUAUCAGUUUAUCAUCAGUAUUAUUAUCAGUAUUAUCAGUUAUCGAGGUAUUCGAAAAGAACAUGAUUUAUUAAUGCCUUUUGACAUAUCAGGGCCAUUUAAUGAUGACUUGACAUUAAAUUAUUACAUAUGGCACCUUUAAGUAAUUAUAACCAUGGACAAAAUAAGGAAAGUUUUCCUUAUGAAUUUGAUGUAUUUGUUGCUUAAUCAAUUUAUACAUAUAUAAUGUGAAUUUUUGUUGAUUUAUGUAUUUAUUUGGUUCUUGUGUAUAAUAUUUGAAUAGCACACAAAUGUAUAAAAUGUGUAUGAAGCUUGUGUCACCACAAUUUACAGGAAAAAAAAAUCAAACAAUAUAAAAAAACGCUUAUGUCUACGUCCUAUCCAAAGAAUGUUGUUUCGCUUACGUUGUCGUAUUCGGGACAGAUUCCCGCUCCACGUGCCAGCCUCCCAUCAUGCCACUCCCAGUUUUGUAUGCAAAACAGUCAGCAGAAUACAAAAAGCUAACUUUGUAAACAUUUUGUCAGUCACAUUACAGAUGGAUAUUUAAAUGUUUAUAUCUUUGGUCAUUAAAUGCUAUUGAUAUUUUUCACUUCA